AUGGAAAAUCAACCAGUUGAAGAUACAAUCUCCACCUCUACUCGUCUCCGUGCAGAAACAGCCAAAGCCUACAUCGAGCAAAAAAUUAAUCGCCUGAAAUCUGAAGAACAGAAGAAGCGAACUGAGUAAUUUUCAUGCAGAUGAGAACUCUUGAAAAAACGAAUGGAAGAAAUGAGCCUUUCUGGGACUGAACAAGAAAUAAUUAAACAAGAAAUCCUUCACCAAGAAGCUGAAGAUUUAAGAAUCAAACGCCAGAAAAUCACGGUUCACGAUUUUGAGCCAAUUGCAAUCAUUGGAAAAGGCGCUUAUGGAGAAGUCAGACUGUGCAGGGUUAAAGCGACAGGAGAAAUUGUAGCAAUGAAAAAAAUGAAAAAAUCAGAAAUGAAAUUUAAAAACCAAGUCAAACAUAUAAAGGCGGAAAGAGAUAUAUUGGCGAGGGCGAAUAAUGAUUGGAUUGUCAAUUUGAAAUAUGAGAUUUAGAAAGAUUGAAUGCUUUAAUUAGAUUUUUUUAAAUAAAAAAUAUUGGCAUUAGAUAAAUCAUUUAUUAGCAUUAAAUAUUAUACUCAUUUCAAGAUGAAAAUUAUUUAUAUCUCUGCAUGGAAUAUUUGCCAGGAGGAGAUUUGAUGACUUUGCUGAUGAAAAAAGAUAUUUUAUCAGAAGCUGAGGCUAAGUUUUAUAUUGCAGAGAUUAUACUAGCUGUCGACUCAGCUCAUCAGUUGAAUUAUAUUCAUAGAGAUCUCAAGCCAGAUAAUGUCCUAUUGGACCCAACUGGCCAUAUAAAGCUUUCUGAUUUCGGGCUAUGCACAUUUGCAGUAAUCUUUAUUUAGGAAGUCAUCCCUUCAAGCUUUUCAUUAAUUCGAUCUCAAGAAGAUCCAGAUUUGCCUCAGCCUUCCCUUGUAACAAUAUCUUGUGAAAAGCCAAAUUUCAAGCGACAAAGGCAUUUAGCAUUUUCCACUGUAGGGACUCCAGAUUAUAUUGCUCCUGAAGUGUUUAAUCAGCAAGGCUACAGCGAAGCUGUAGAUUGGUGGUCAGUCGGCGUCAUUUUAUUUGAAAUGCUUGUAGGCUACCCUCCAUUUUACUCAGACGAUGCCUCUACGACAUGCCAAAAAAUCAUGCAUUGGAGGCAAACCUUAAGAAUCCCUCCUGAGUCAAAUGUAAGCCCUGCAGCUGCUGACUUAAUAUUAAGGCUUUUGAGAGAUAAAAAUGAUAGAUUGGGGAAUGGAGGUGUUAGUGAAAUAAAAUCCCAUCCAUUCUUUAAUGGAAUUAAUUGGGAUUAGAUUAGAUUAGAUUACGCUGGGUAUUUAAGGUCCCUACUACGUCCGAGGAAGCAUUCCACGGUUUCCCGUGUGGUGGUAGAGCGUUCACCAAGCCCGGGCCGAAACCCCCCGGUUUCUCGGUAGAGGCAAUGUCAAGGGCCGUCUUAUACCGGCUUCGCUGACCGCCUCCAUUUCCAACUUGGGUCGUCGCCUAAGUUUACGCCAACACACUGCCGCGUCGUCCGCCAGAUCUACCCAUUGAAGGGCACCUUGUCAACUGGAGAGACCCCCGUUUAGUUGUCUAACUGGCCUUCCCCUCUUUUCCGGUCAUCCCGAGUAAGAACUCAACAGCUUUCGCCAUUCGGGGCGAGCCACAAAAGCAGCUUAGGCAGGUAAGUCGCCCUGCCUCAUUUCGGGCACUCACUGGGCUGAGCGCUACUGGCAAAAAGAAGUCACGAGUAACUGCCCAUGGGUCUGGUCGCAAAAAUAGCGGCUUUCGCGCUUAGGCCUCUCGCUUCGAGGUCCCAGACGUUGUUGGGCUAACUCCUGGCUCCAAAAAACCAUGCCCGGAUAUACAUGGGUAACCACCACUGAGAUCGUGGGUCGGUCGCCGUCAGCCAUUUUAUGUAUAUGAAUUAAUUGGGAUAAUUUAAGAAAUGUAAGAGCUCCUUAUAUCCCUGAAGUUGUGGGAGAAGUGGAUACCAGAAAUUUUGAAAAUUUUAAAGAAGAUGAGCCGUUUUAUCCAGAGCCAACAGAAAGGAGCUUAAGGAAAGAUUUUGAUUUUAUUGGGUACACUUAUAAACAAGAAGAGCAUAGAGACCAUUUAAUAAAUGCACUGCAGGAGCUAGAAACCUUGAGGAGCUCUGAUGGAAGUGUUCAAGAUAAGGUUAGACUAUGGCAUGGGCAUUCAAAUGUGAGGUUAAUUAAUAAUGAUGGCCAAUAG